CAUGCGCGGUGCGGCGGCGCAGAGCCGGGCGGCGCGGCGGGACGAGCGGAGCGGAGCUGAGAGAUCGCAGCGCCAUGGUGGAUUACCACAGCGCCGGGCAGCCCUACCCCUACGGCGGCAACGGGCCCGGCCCCAACGGCGACUACAUGGCCCAGGAGGAUGACUGGGACCGAGACCUCCUGCUGGACCCCGCCUGGGAGAAGCAGCAGCGCAAGACGUUCACGGCUUGGUGCAACUCCCACCUGCGGAAGGCCGGCACGCAGAUAGAGAACAUCGACGAGGAUUUCCGCGACGGCCUCAAGCUCAUGCUGCUUCUGGAAGUGAUUUCGGGGGAACGAUUGCCAAAACCGGAGCGGGGAAAAAUGAGAGUGCAUAAAAUCAACAACGUGAACAAAGCCCUCGAUUUCAUCGCCAGCAAAGGCGUCAAGCUGGUCUCCAUAGGAGCCGAAGAGAUCGUCGACGGCAACGCGAAGAUGACGCUGGGCAUGAUCUGGACGAUUAUCCUCCGAUUUGCCAUUCAGGACAUCUCGGUGGAAGAGACCUCGGCCAAGGAGGGCUUGCUGCUGUGGUGUCAGAGGAAGACGGCUCCCUACAAGAACGUCAACGUGCAGAACUUCCACAUCAGCUGGAAGGACGGUCUUGCUUUCAAUGCCUUGAUCCACAGACACAGACCGGAGCUCAUCGAAUACGACAAACUCAGAAAGGAUGACCCGGUGACGAACCUGAACAACGCCUUCGAAGUGGCGGAGAAGUACCUGGACAUCCCCAAGAUGCUGGAUGCCGAGGACAUUGUCAACACAGCUCGCCCCGACGAGAAAGCCAUCAUGACCUAUGUGUCGAGCUUCUACCAUGCCUUUUCUGGGGCUCAGAAGGCCGAGACCGCGGCGAACCGCAUCUGCAAGGUGCUGGCCGUCAACCAGGAGAACGAGCACCUGAUGGAGGACUACGAGAAGCUCGCGACCGACCUGCUGGAGUGGAUCAAGCGCACCAUCCCUUGGCUGGAGGACCGCAGCCCGCAGAAGACCAUACAGGAGAUGCAGCAGAAGCUGGAAGAUUUCCGCGACUACCGGCGCGUCCACAAGCCCCCCAAAGUGCAGGAGAAAUGCCAGCUGGAGAUCAACUUCAACACCCUGCAGACGAAGCUCCGGCUGAGCAACAGACCUGCUUUCAUGCCCUCCGAGGGGAAGAUGGUCUCGGACAUCAAUAACGGCUGGCAGCACUUGGAGCAGGCCGAGAAGGGCUACGAGGAAUGGCUGCUGAACGAGAUCAGGCGGCUGGAGCGGCUCGACCACCUGGCUGAGAAGUUCAGGCAGAAGGCGUCCAUCCACGAGGCCUGGACCGAAGGCAAGGAGGCCAUGCUGAAGCAGAAGGACUACGAAACCGCCACGCUCUCGGACAUCAAAGCCCUCAUCAGGAAGCACGAAGCCUUCGAGAGCGACCUGGCGGCGCACCAGGACCGCGUGGAGCAGAUCGCGGCUAUCGCGCAGGAGCUCAACGAGCUGGAUUACUACGACUCGCCCAGCGUGAACGCUCGGUGCCAGAAGAUCUGCGACCAGUGGGAUGUCCUGGGUUCCCUGACCCACAGCAGGAGGGAGGCUCUCGAGAAAACGGAGAAGCAGCUGGAAACGAUCGACGAGCUGCACCUGGAGUACGCGAAGAGGGCGGCCCCCUUCAACAACUGGAUGGAGAGCGCCAUGGAGGACCUUCAGGACAUGUUCAUCGUCCACACCAUCGAGGAGAUCGAGGGACUCAUCGCUGCUCACGACCAGUUCAAGUCCACCCUGCCCGACGCCGACAAGGAGCGCGAGGCCAUCCUGGGCAUCCAGAGGGAGGCACAGCGGAUCGCGGACUUCAACAGCAUCAAGCUCUCUGGGAACAACCCCUACACCUCCGUCACGCCGCAGAUCAUCAACUCCAAGUGGGAGCGGGUCCAGCAGCUGGUGCCGAAGCGGGACCACGCUUUGCUCGACGAGCAGAGCAAGCAGCAAUCCAACGAGCGCCUACGUCGGCAGUUCGCCAGCCAGGCCAACAUCGUGGGGCCCUGGAUCCAGACCAAGAUGGAGGAGAUCGGGCGCAUCUCCAUCGAGAUGAACGGCACGCUGGAGGACCAGCUCAACCACCUCAAGCAAUACGAGCAGAGCAUCGUGGACUACAAACCCAACAUCGACCUGCUGGAGCAGCAGCACCAGCUCAUUCAGGAGGCGCUCAUCUUCGACAACAAGCACACCAACUACACCAUGGAGCACAUCCGCGUGGGCUGGGAGCAGCUCCUCACCACCAUCGCCCGCACCAUCAACGAGGUGGAGAACCAGAUCCUCACCCGCGACGCCAAGGGCAUCAGCCAGGAGCAGAUGCAGGAGUUCAGGGCCUCCUUCAACCACUUCGACAAGGACCACGGCGGCGCCCUGGGACCGGAGGAGUUCAAAGCCUGCCUCAUCAGCUUGGGAUACGACGUGGAGAAUGACCGACAGAAGCGCGCGGGAAGCAUGGACACGGAUGACUUCCGAGCUCUCCUUAUCUCCACGGGAUACAGCCUGGGCGACGCCGAAUUCAACCGGAUCAUGAGCGUCGUCGAUCCCAACAACAGCGGGAUCGUCACCUUCCAAGCCUUCAUCGACUUCAUGUCCCGGGAGACCACGGACACGGACACGGCCGACCAAGUCAUCGCCUCCUUCAAGGUCCUGGCGGGGGACAAGAACUACAUCACGGCCGAGGAGCUGCGGCGAGAGCUGCCCCCCGACCAGGCGGAGUACUGCAUCGCCCGCAUGGCCCCCUACCAGGGCGCCGACGCCGUCCCCGGAGCCCUGGACUACAAGUCCUUCUCCACGGCGCUCUACGGCGAGAGCGACCUCUGAGCCGCGCCGCCGCCGCGGCACCAAGCGCUGGCGCUUCCCGGCAGGAGCCAAAACCCCCGUUACUUUGGGUUUUUUUUUGUUUGUUUGUUUUUUUGGUUUUUUUUAUUAUUUUCCCCGCUCUUGCGCCCGCACUCCCCCGCACGCCGGCCCUCCCUCCCUCCCUCCGGGGGAAAGCAAAGAGAACAGCGAGCCGUGGGCGCCCGGUCGCCGCGCGUUGCGCCCCCACCCACCCCCGCAGCGGCGUGUUUUGGGUUGUUUCGCUUCAUUUCGCUCUGUGGGGCCGGCGGGAGGAGGAGGAGGAGGAGGGGGGGGUCCCACCUUGCUUUCGGCUCCCCGGGCAGGGGUGCGGGGGAGCCCGGGCUCCCCGGGAAGACGGUUAUUAUUAUUAUUUUUUUUUUUUAAUCUAAAACCCCUUCUAUUUUUCCAACCGCCGAACGGGACGGCCGCCGGCGCGUUCACAGGGAGCCCCUUCCCCCUGCCCCGCCUCCGCCCCCUCUUUAAUUUAUGCCUCUCCGUAGCAGAAAAAUCCGAAGGGGGUCUUUGCGGAGCCAGCGCCGGCCCCUCUGCCUCCCCCGGCUCGGGGGGGGGUCUCGCCCCAGCGCAGCCCCCUCCCCAGCCUUGGAGCAGGUUUUUCUGAGGACCAAAAAUCUUUAAAAAAAAAAAAAAAAAAAAAAAAGAAAGAAGAAAAGAAGAAAAAAAAAAAACAAAGAGAAAAAUCCUGAUCUUUUAAAAUUUAAAUGAAAGCCAAAAGGUUCCUAUUUACUUUAUUAACUUACGGAUUUAUUAUAUAAAUAUAUAUUCACCUAGCAGCAUAUAUUACCGGUUUUCUUUGUCAUGUAAUUAAAAUAUUGCUGAUUGUUCUCGCGGGAGGCCGCACCGUUCCUCAGCGCUGCCGUGCCCCCCCCUCCGGGGCCGGGGGGGCGCCGGGACCCCCCCGCGGCCGGGCCGGCUUCGCCCCCUCCCCGCGUCCCCUCGGAGCCCCCCCCGGGGCGCAGGACAAUAAACGGUGUCGGAUUUUUAAGGGC